GUUUCCACACUGCAGGGAUUCUAACUCACUCUUUUUUUCUUUUUCCAGAAGUUUAGUUAGUAAACAUCUAUACCAGAUGUAACUCAAUAAAAGAAAGGUCUUUUUUUGUUAAAGUUAAUAUUCCACUGUAUUUUAAGUGCUGUGCUAUAUCAUUGUUAUUUAUCAUAACAAAGUGUUUCUUCAGGGACAAAAAUGAAUGUUUGGAAAAUUCUAAAUGUGAUUGAAAAACUGCUGACAUGUAUUACUUGUUACAGCAACAGCAUUUGACUUUGUCCUGUAUUGUUAUUUAGCUAUCUUACCAAUAGGAAUUAGCAAAUUACCACAUUUAUACUGUGGUAAAUAGAAGUUUAUCCAGUUGAGGUAGUUCCCCAGUCCCACUCAGCCAGCAGGGAUCCAAGUUUACAUAGAGCAAAAGAUUGGCCUUAUUAAUACAAAAUUUCCAAUUAACAGGAACCACUUGUUGCAUCACUGGUAGGGAUUUUUUUUUAAUAAACCAGACAAAUUAAAUCAACACUUGGAGUAUGGGUUAAUCAAUGAAAAGCAGCAGCACAGAUAUGUUAAAGGUUACAAGUUAAUUGUGUAUUUCAGUAACUUGAUGUAAUUGUUUGAUACAGUGACAGGGCAUGCUAAUGAAGAUCAUUUGAUGGAUGUGUGCAAGGACUUUUUCACAGGACACUUAGUAACGUACUGCCUCACAAACCUGUUAGCAAAAUUGAAUUGUAGGAGCGUAAAGGGACAGUAGCUACAUAAUUGGUGAAGGAUCAGAAAGCAGUUUAAUGGAGAACAGUUUAUUUUUAAUGCUGUCUAUCAAAGUUAGUAUUAGGCCCAUUGCUCUUUUAGAUAUAUAUUAACAAAAGGAAAAAAAAGACUUGCAUUUAUGUCGUGCCUUUCAGGACCGCAGAAUGUUGCAAAGCUCUUGACAGGCCCUGAAGUACUUUUUGAAAUGCAAGUUAGGAAACACAGGCAUGAAUUCACACAGAGCAAACUCUCACAAUAUGAAAAUGAUAAGAUAAUCUGUUUUGCGAUGUCAACUGAUGUGUAAGUAUUGGAAAUAACUUCCUUUCUCCUUCAAAAUAUCUUUUUUUAUUUGUGAGUAGCACAAGGCCAGCAUUUAUAAUCCACCCCUAAGUGAAUUGUGACAUGUUAAAAUAGUAACAUGAGAUCUUCUACAUCCAUGGUUUCAUUUGGUUUAAUGUCUCUUCCAAAGAUGCUUCCUAGGUACUGGGCUGCGGUGUCCUCCUUGAUUUUUGUGCUCAAGAUCCUGAAUGGUACUUGGACCUACAACUUCUAUGACUCAGAGGCAAAAAUGCCACUAACUUGAGCUUAAACCUUAUGCCAGAAAGGGCAGAAAAAGCUCAGUACAUCUGACAUCUGGCAGCAUCUGUGGAGAGAGGAUCAGAGUUAACAUUGAGUUCAUCAUGAUUCAUCUUUGGAUGUACACAUAACAUUAGCUCUGAUUCAUUCUCGACAGAUGCUGCUGGACCUACUGAGUUUCUAAAGCUAAUUUCUGUUUUUAUUUCAGAUUUCCAGCAUCCACAACAGUAGCUUUUGUGGCAGCCACAUGACCUUGGGUUGAACUUACAGGGAAUCCUUUUGAAGUUUACAGAUGAUACAAAACUCAGAAAUAUGGAAAGCAGUGAAGAGCACAAUAACAGGAAGCAGGCAUGGCAGUUCUGAAAAUGGGGGACAGCAAGUUCACCAGUGUCCAUCCGCAGGCAGUGAUUCCUGUCACCAAGGGGAUGGCCAAAUUGGGAAUGGGUGCCCCUUGCUCCAGCCCAGAGCGAUUAACCCGGAGAGGCUCAAGGACUUUGGGGAGGAUGAGUUCCUAGAAAAAGAUGUCAAGACUUGCGAAGUAACCGUUACAGGCCGCACAGAAACACAGCUCAGCAAUACCCUGAACAUGACAGAGCACAAGACAAACCAGACCCUCGGGAUGUGCAGCGGGCAAAUCCAAUUUGAGGACAUCAGUGUAGCAGCCUUUAAAAUCUCGAAUGGAAUCCAGAAAACCCCCUGCACAUAUUCCAGACUCUCUAAGCAAUAUGGGAUGGAUCUGUACUUGAAGAAGGAAUAUCUGCACUACACUGGCACUGUGAAAGAGCGAGGGGUAUGGUACUUGCUAACGUCACUGUCAAAGGAGCAGCAGAGGAAGGGGGUGAUCUUGGCAUCAGACAACAACUUCUCGAAGGCAAUGGCACACCAUGCCACAGAGCUCCACAUCCCUAUCUUCAUUAUUGUGCCUACCAACACCUCGCCAGAUAAGGUGAAAACAUGCCGUGAGUACGGAGCCAUGGUGAUUACCUACGGAAGUACUGUGCAGGAUUCCCGGAGCCAUGCAAAGAAACUGGCCACUGAGAACGGAUACCUCUAUUUGCAGGAGGAGGACAGCGCACCUUAUUUGGCAGGACUGGGCACCAUGGGGCUCGAGGUUUAUGAGCAGGUAAACAAGCUGGAUGCUGUGAUCCUGCCAGCCGGAGGAGAAUGUAAUCUCCUGGCAGGGGCUGCCGCCCCCAUCAAACAUCUCAAUCCGGGCAUUACUGUCAUCGGUGUGGAGCCUGAGAAUUAUCCGACACUUCAACAAUCCCUUGAGCUGGGACAGCCUCCAGCAGACUUAGCCUGCACUAGCCACAGAUUAUACGGAGAAUUGGUCAAUGCUUCUUUUGGCAGUAAUGCCUUUCAGAUUACCAAGAAACUCAUAGAUAAGGUUGUUACCGUUAAGGUGGAGGACAUCCUACUUGCCAUCCUUCGCCUCAUUGAGUAUGAGAAGGCCAUAGUGGACGCUGAGGGAGCUAUUGGCCUAGCUGCUGUGGUUGCUGGGAAGCUACCAGAACUCAAAGGCAAACGUGUGGUCAUUGCUCUGUGCAGUGGCAAUAUAGACAUUCCCCUGCUGCAUCAGUGUCUAGACAGGGCACUGGUGGUGGACAACAGGCUAUGCAAGUUCUCCAUCCAACUGACCGACUGUGCUGGAGAUCUCGCGAAGCUGCUUGAGAUACUUGCUCGUGAAGAAGUGCAGGUGCUGAAUAUUACCCAGGAACGGGCCUUUAUCACGUCAGAUAUCUUCACUGUUAAGGUUACCUGUGUUAUCAAGGUCCGAGAUAGGAUGCAAGGUGCACAGUUGCAGAGAACCCUGAGUGAUCGCUAUGCUACAUUUACAUGGCUGGACCAAUAAGAAGACUUGAAUAAAUAAAGGAAAAUGUGUUUCAUUGGAAGAA